AUGCAACAAAAUUUUAAGAUACUAUCAUUGCUGCUGCUUAGUCUGUCCUUUAUCAAUGCUUUCCCAGUGUUGGAAAAGAGAUUAAUUGUCACAAGAGUACAUACCGCUAGUACUACUAAGACAAGUACAUACGUUUAUUCUACAACCACAGAAACUGUCGUGGCGCCUACUGUUGAGUUUAUCAUCAGCGGUACAGCUACUUUUACAACUACAUUAUAUCCAGAAGGUGUUGACACUACUGUUCAACCAUCUACCACAAUUACUAUCGUUAGAAAAAAUGCUAAUGGAGUGAGUGACGCUUCCAGUACCCAAAAUCUAGCCUCCACUCAGGCCACCGCUUCAGAAAGCGCUACCUUACAAGCUUCUAUAGAAAACGCUAGUGAAAAUAUUGCCUCGUCUUCUAGUAUCGAUGACACCAAUGCUGCCUCAUCUUCUAGUAUCGGCGCCACCACUACCGCUGCAACAAAUGAUAACAAUGCACAGACCUACUCAGAUGUUUCCACUGCUUCCUCAGAUAACGUCGCUGUGCACACUAAUUACGUUCAAUCUGCCACCUUAACCAAUCCAACUGUUGCAAUUAUCGAUACUACUACAUUAGCGAACGUUGCUUCCACAACAUCUGUGACCACUGCAAUUACCACGAUUUCUGCUGAAUCUUCCUCAAGCACAACUACAACCACCACUGCUCCUACUACAACAAAUACCCCUACAACUACUACAAGCACUACUCAAGAUUCUACCAAAACAACCACUUCCACAUCAACUUGGACUGGUUUAACUUCUGUUCCUAAAACUUUAGUCUAUUCCCCAUACAACAAUGACUCUUCAUGCAAGACUUACGACGAAGUAUACGCAGAUUUAUUAAAUAUACAACAGCAUGGUGUGUACAAAUUGCGUGUAUAUGGGACCGAUUGUGACUCCUUAAACACCAUUGAACCUGUUGCCGUCCAAUUAGGUAUGACUAUCAACCAAGGAUUAUGGAUAUCUGAUGCUGGAACUUCAUCUAUUGACGAAGCAGUUGCCGAUUUAAUUGCCUAUGGUGAAGCAAAUGGUUGGGACAUUUUUGAUUUUAUUACCAUUGGUAAUGAGGCUAUUAACUCUGGUUACUGUACAGUUGACGAUUUAAUUUCCAAGAUUUCAAGCGUUAAAGCAGAAUUACAAGCUGCAGGAUACACCGGCAAAGUUACUACCAGUGAGCCUCCCGUUUCCUUCGAAGAUUAUCCAGAAUUAUGUACAAGUUCCGCAAUUGAUUUUGUUGGCAUUAAUGCACACCCAUAUUUCGAUGUCAAUUCCUCCGCUGAAACCUCUGGUAGCUUUGUUUUAGGACAAAUUGAUUUAAUUAAAGGGGUCUGUGGUACUGAUAAUGUCUAUGUCACUGAAUCUGGUUACCCAUCUGCAGGUAAUGUAAAUGGUGGAAACGUUCCAUCCAAGGCAAAUCAAAUUAUUGCCGUCCAACAAAUUUUAGAUGAUCUCAGCCUAGAUGUCACAAUUCUAUCUUACAAAAAUGAUUACUGGAAAGAUCCUGGUACAUACGGUAUCGAACAAUCUUUCGGUAUCAUCGAUAUUAUGCCAUCAGCUUAA